AUGCGUUUCAGCCGCCCUUUCCCUUGGGGUGGAAGAUCCUCCGGAUCAUCCAAGCGCCCCAAAUCCAGAAAGCGCGACAAGAAGCACCAAAGAAAAGGUCCCUUUCAGGGCUUGGGAAACGGUCUUCGGGAUGUUGGAAGCUUCCUCGCCCAAGUCCUCUCAAACCCAGAUGUACAGUACCUGGUGCCGUGGGCACUUGCUCUGUUUGUUGGCAUUCAGAUCCACAAAUGGCUUGAUCCGCACACACCAGGUGACGGAUUUUGGGGUAAUCUGAUGGCGAUGGGCAUUGCUCAGCCGGGAGCGGCAUGGCCCGCGGCCAUCCUGGGGAUCGCCCACGUUGUCCCAGCAGUUUUGAAUUGGUGGACCACCGAAUCAAUGAACAGGACAAUGUCCGCCAUUCCCCAAGCCCGGUUCAUGUCGCCCAUCUCUGCCGAGGAGGCUUUUGUUAUCCCCGAAUAUCUAACGACGCUGGAGUCAUCCAUCCCCCAGUCGAAUGUCGUAAACGGAAACUUCAGGCUACCCCAGGCUAUGGAGGCCUCAUUUCGACGAGCCAUGCAGGAGGCCGAUCUCCUCAAGGAGAUCCACGAUGGCUUGAUGACUGACGUCAAGCUGAGAUUCGAUGGGCACUAUGAUCAGUUGAGUCAACUUCACAUCGACAUCGAGAGGGCCAUUAUCGAUAUUGCCGAUCGAAACGAGACGACGUCUUAUUUCGGUGGAUUGUUCACGAAAGAUUGGCCCUACGCCAGAGCCAGGAGUCACUACACAGCCCUUCUAUCAAUCAACAACGAUAUGAUUGAGACCAGCAAGCUUGAGAGGGGCCGACUGAUAGAACUGCUCGAGGAACUGGAUGUAUUUGAAACACAAGAGGAGCGUCAUGGAGCCAUCUGUGGACUCCGCUCAAAGACACUCAAGUCGAUUCGGAGAUGGACAAAAGAAACAAAGGACAUUCGAGCAGAAGUCAAAGUCAUAUGCAACUCAUCCAAGCGCUCCAAGGUGAAAUUGUGGAUGGCGGAGGGAGCUCUGAGGCGUCAUCUACGCAGCAUCGACGCUGUGCGCGAAGGCCUUCUCGAACUGCACCAUGAUCAAGCCAAGACCUUGGAAGCGGCCCUUCUCGGCUAUUGCAAGUCACUGCUGGAAGCGAUGCGGAGGCUGGCCGAAUUUGGGAACGGCAUCAUAGCGUAUUUACCUCUUGUCGCAUGGGCCACUUCAGAAGUGCUCAAGCCCCCUCCCGUAUCCGCUGAUCGGCAGAGUUCUACUCCCCGAUUCAUGCCAACAUGUCUACCGCUGCCCAAUGGCCCCUAUGGGGCUUGCAACACCCUUACCCAUUAUGUCAAAGGCGCUUCCAUGCACUGGCUCAAACAUGGAUGGGGUCUUUCUUUCUGGGUCCAGAUUGGCUGA